CGCCGCCGCCAUCUUUGUUAGGGGCAGGCGGGCCCGGCGCCCCGAGAUGCCGAAGUCGUGCGCGGCCCGGCAGUGCUGCAACCGCUACAGCAGCCGCAGGAAGCAGCUCACCUUCCACCGGUUCCCGUUCAGCCGCCCGGAGCUGCUGAAGGAAUGGGUGCUGAACAUCGGCCGGGGCAACUUCCAGCCCAAGCAGCACACGGUCAUCUGCUCCGAGCACUUCCGCCCCGAAUGCUUCAGUGCCUUUGGAAACCGCAAGAACCUGAAGCACAACGCCGUGCCCACGGUGUUUGCCUUUCAGGACCCCAUGCAGCUGGUGAGGGAGAACACAGACCCUGCUGGGGAGCGAAACAGCGCACACUCUCUGGAGGAAAAGGGCGUUGGCGAGGCGGGGGCUGAGCGCAGCGCUGCGAGAGCCAUGGACACAGCGCUCGGGGAGCUCCGGCUGCCCGCGAACGCCGAGGCCCUCACCGGAGAGGUCUCACCACGUCGUCUGGGAGCAGCAGAGGCCCCUGGCCGUCCUGCCAGCCCCACGGGGCCCAGCAGGCCCCUUCCCAAGCAGCCACUGGAUCACAGUUAUGCCCUUUUGGAUUUACAUGCCCUAAAAAAAAAACUCUUCCUCACCCUGAAGGAAAACGAAAAGCUCCGAAAGCGGUUAAAGGCUCAGAGGCUGGAGAUGCGUAGGCUGUCCAGCCUCCUGCGUCUCCAUGGGGAGGGACAGCAGCUCCCACAGGCCAGCCCACCAGCAGAGCAGCAGAGCUGAGCGGGUGCCGGCUCAUCUUGGAGAUGCGGGGUCAGUGCACUCAGGGCCGGGCAGUGGCUUCAGGGCCCUUGCUGGUAACAGUUGUCUGCUGCUGACCCUUGGAAAGCGGCAGUAAGGAAUGCUGGGGCAGGAGAGUAAGGGGACCCGGAGCCCGCUGUGGGAAGACAGUCACUGGCAUUGUCCAACAUGCAGCAUCCGGAGACCCCAGGCUGGCGGGGAGGGGAACUCUGGGCACGACAGGCUGAGUCCUCUAAGUGAUGGGGGCCCGGUCAGAGGCAGCCUGUUCGCAGCUGUGUGUGCCAGCAGGCGCUGAGCCCAGGCCUGAGCCCCGGGGGACACAGGCUCCCUCCCGGAAGAGCAAACUCUUCUUUCCUGGAUGCAUUUCCCAGGAUGGCCGCUCCAAGGAUAUCCCCCCGCGACAACAGGGAGCGAGUGGGGGUCCCUCCCGUCGGCCUGGACAGCCAGCGCCUCCAACUCUGUGGGCCAAGGCUGGCUGCUGGCUUCACGGCCUGGCUUGAACCAACGAUAAAAUGUCUCUCCACACUGCGAUUCUGCCUCUGUCACUGAAAACCAACUAAGUGAUGGUGCCAGGUUUUCUCUUCUGCCAUGUUUCACUGUCACUGAGAAGAAUAAAAACAUGACUUUAAUUUAAAAAAAGAGAAAGCUAAGAACACUCCGUUAUUUCUUAGACCAGUGUUUGCUCUAGGAAUGGAAUCACGGCGUCAGUGGUUCAGUGAAGAUGCAAAUGGGGUGGGGGGGGGGCACUUCCCUUAUUUUGCUCACUCCUAAAAAGAAACACACAGAUAAUUAAAAAAUACUAUCCCCAGCCUUCAGGAAAAGUUUAUUAUGUAAGAGUAGCCUUCCGAACAAUCACCUUCAAACAAAAUGAGGAGAGCUGGUGUCCCAAAGAACUACCUGCAGCAGAGGAAACACAAGCCCGUUUCCAAAGUCCAAGGUUCAUGACAUGCGGUUUAUUGCACGAUUCAUUCAGAGACUCGGGUCAGAGAAUCUUUUAAUGGUGAUAAAUAGCACAGAAUUUUACAACCUGAACUGUGUAAAAACUGGAGGGCAGGGCCACGCGGAUGAUUCUCAGAAACCAGGGUCAGGGCAGAGGAGGGUGACUUCAGCAAGAGCUGCAGGGGUGAUGAGACCCCCGACAUCGCCUCCCUGGGCCGUAGAACUGUUGUUGACCCAGUUACAGGACACAUGACAGGCCACUGCACCAGGAGGCCGUUUACUGCAGAUGACAGACCAGGCUCCUUGGGUGUAAAUAUUCUGCACCCCCAGAAGGGGGUCUUAGGGGCAGUCACACCCCAGUCCCCACCACCCACCCAGGAGCCUCCGUGAGGAGGGCUGGACCCGAGAAAGUGCUCAGCUGGGCCCUUCUGAGCGGCAGCAGCAGUGCCCCCCUGCCAGGUGGCCCGCCAGUGGUGUGGGCGCAGCAGGUGACGAGCCCUGGUCCUCAUGGCAGGCCUCCCUGGGGCAUCGCUCAUCUGAGUUUGGCACCUGUCUGCACCCCUGCCCUCGUUCCCUCCCACCACCUAAUGCCCCCUCCCCCCCUCCUGGCAGUGCUCUCUGCACCCUAAUACUGCGCUGCAGAUUUGGGUGGCCACAGGCAGCUCCUGCUGAGGCGUGGGGGCUUGGGGGCUUGAUCUGCUGCCAGAGGGGCCCUUCCCCCACAGGACGCGGGGGACUGCUGGGAGGAACGGACAUGGCAGGGAUUGAGCCCUGAGGCCAGGGUGACACUGC